ACAUUCACAUUUGCAUUGCAAAAUUAAUGUUGUCUAUUGUCAUAAUGCAUACGUUUGUUUCUACAAAGAAGAUAAUAAUUAUCUUCUUUGUAGAAACAAACGCACAGUUUUAUACAGUUUGUUUAAGACUUCACUUCAGACGAUUUUUUUAAAUAAAUCUCCCUGAAUGCAAAGAGCAUAUAAUCACUAUGUAUACAUACCGGCAUUACCGGCGUAUAGCAAUACUUUUUUGACUGACAUUUAAAUCACUGCAGAUAGCAAAAAAAUACGUUAUUUAUUUGAAUAGAAACAACGUUCACGUUCACCGUUCACUGCCGAGUUGUUAAAAAAUCGUAUGAAAUAAUAAUUUCUCUAAAAUUAUAACAAUCAACUACGGUUACUUGUGAAAUUUCGCAUGACAAAAGGACAUCUUGAAAGCUUCACAUUGUGCUUGCAUUGUUACUAAGAUGGAGAACAGGAAACCCGCAAGUAAUCAUUUGAAAGUGCCAACUUUCCCCGUAGACACCCCCAUGCGGUCGAGCUCCAAAGCGAACAUCGCAAACACGAAAGAAUCCACUCCUGCGAGCGAGGAGAAAACUUCCUUGGCAUGGACAAACUUAGAAAUCGGGCCGAAGCUGGGAUAUGGUAAAUUUGGAAAGGUGUAUCUGGCGCGCGAGAAGGAGUCCCAUUACUUGGUAGCGCUGAAGGUAUUGUGCAAGAGCCAGAUCCUGAAGACGAACAUCGAGCACCAGGUGCAGCGUGAGGUGGAGAUUCAGUCACGGCUGCGGCACCCCAACAUCCUGCGAAUGUUCCACCACUUCCAAGACGAGAAGCUUAUCUACCUCGUCCUGGAGUACGCCAAGCACGGCACGCUCUUCGUGCGGCUCAUGCAGCGCGGCCGCUUCGACGAGAAAACUGCCGCCAUCUACAUCCGCGACCUCACCAAGGCCCUCAUCUACUGCCACGCCAAGAAUGUUAUACACCGCGACAUCAAACCUGAGAAUAUACUUAUAGGAUGCAAUGGGGAGCCUAAAAUAGCUGACUUUGGCUGGUCUGUGCAGUCCGCAUCCUCUAGAAGAAUGACGUUCUGUGGAACUAUGGAAUACUUAUCACCAGAAAUGGUAGAAGCAAAGCCCUACAGCUACAAAAUUGACAUUUGGAGUCUCGGUGUGUUAUGCUAUGAGUUACUUGUAGGAAUACCUCCGUUUGAUGAUGAGCACAGCAGCACAGAGCAGACUUUGGAAAAAAUUAAAUAUGUAAUAAUUGAGUAUCCAAAGUAUGUGUCUGAGAAGGCAAAGGAUCUCAUGGGCAAGCUACUGAUGGUGAACCCGGACAAGCGGCUGCCCCUCGCCAGUGUGCUGCAGCAUCCCUGGAUUAUAGAGAACGCUCCGCCGGGGGCGCUGCCUCCUACCUUCAACCCUGACCCCUAAUGCGAAAGUAGAGAAUAAACAAUAAUUAUGUUGCAGGCUAAUGUUAAUUAUUGAUGCUGAGGCUUUUUUUACUGGAAAAAUUAAAUCUAUCUGUAUAUCUGCUAGGUAUUCUAAUUGCACUCAAUCUUAGGACAAGACCAAAUACAUGAUGUGAGUCAUUCUCCUGGUUGAGAGGUAGCAAAUAUUUGCAUUCUCAUUAUUUUAUUGUGUAUUUAUUUCUCAAUAGCCAGGUCCACACAUAGCGAUGCUCAGAGUAUGCUCGCUCUGUGUGGACCCGGCUAUUAACUUCUAGCUGCAGUUUUAAUAAGAAUGCACCUUUAGGAUAUUUUUCAUUAAAAUAUAGGGCUAUCUGUAAAAUAAUGAUGCAUGCCAUUUUAAUAGGAAUAUUGUUUGUAGUAGCAUAAUUUAUAUUUUAAUUUUAUGAAAUGUAAUUAGAUAGUGAUUUAUAUGUAUGAUUAUGGUAUUUAUUUUGUAAGGAGGAAAUAAUUGUAGUCAAUGUUAUAAUCCCUGCAUUUAUAAUGACUAGUCAUUUGGAGUCAAGUUUAUUUGGUAUGUUCAUUCUAAAGACUAAUUAUGACUGAACUAGAUUUAAAGAAAUGUUAACUUAAAUCAUGAUAAUAUUAUAUAGUUUAAAUACAUAAUUAUAAAACCAA